UUUCCAUGCACCACGUGAGCGCACCCCCGAAUGCGGAAGUAAAUGGGAAUGUGAAAUGCUACUGUAUGUGCUGAAUGGAUCUGUUUGGAAUGAGAGUUUAUAACAUUAAAAAGUUUCGACUUUAUCUUCAGCAGAGCACGAGGUCGUAUUCUGUCGCGGUGCGACUGCCAUCCCUUCCCCAUGCCUGUUUCUGCAGGCUAUGCACGUCCUAGUCAGAAUGAGCCUAUGAACUCGCUGCGUAUCUCUGUGGGAGGACUCCCGAUGCUGGCAUCCAUGACCAACACCACAGACUCUCGCUUCCGCAUCAAAUGGAAAGCUAUCGUGCUGGUAGCGUCAGCGCUAACCCUCGUCCUCCUCAUCUACAUGCAGUUCCUGCCCUUUCACCCCCGACAUAGGGGCAGACAAGGCACGAGGUUAAGUCAUCCAGACAUCAGAGCAGAACAGCGCUACAACGACACGUACCCGCUGAGCCCGGCAGAACGCACAGAACUGGGCACGCGCUACAGGAUCGCCGUCAUCGCGGACCUGGACACGAACUCGGGUAGUGAAAAGAAGCUAACCUGGUUCAGCUAUAUGCUUAAGGGUCACCUGCUGGUGUCGGAGAGUGGAGAUCGAGUGGAUGUUGAGUGGGAUCAGGAAAGAGCGGUCCUGGAAAGCCACCUAGCGGAGAAGGGUCGGGGCAUGGAGCUCUCCGAAUUAGUCGUCUUCAACGGUAAACUGUACAGCGUGGAUGAUCGAACGGGCAUCGUGUAUAGCAUUGAAGGACUUAAGGCGGUGCCUUGGGUCAUACUGCCCGAUGGAGAUGGCUCUGUUUCAAAAGGAUUUAAGGCAGAAUGGUUGGCAGUGAAAGAUGAGCAUCUGUAUGUUGGAGGUUUGGGGAAGGAGUGGACCACCACCACCGGAGAGGUGCUCAAUAACAAUCCUGAGUGGGUGAAAUUAGUUGGCUUUCACGGAGAUGUGCAGCACCAAAACUGGGUUCCUCAGUACAAUGCUCUCCGCAGAGCUGCAGGCAUCAGUCCACCCGGAUACCUCAUACACGAGUCAGCAGCUUGGAGCGACACAUUGCAGCGCUGGUUUUUCCUGCCUCGGCGCGCUAGCAGCGAGCGUUACGACGAGACCGCCGAUGAGCGCCGUGGCACCAAUCUAAUGCUUAGUUGCUCACCCGAUUUCCAGAACAUUAAAGUGAGACAGGUGGGACCCCUGAACCCCACCCAUGGCUUUUCUUCCUUUAAGUUUGUCCCCAACACAGACGACCAGAUUAUUGUCGCCUUGAAGUCUGAGGAGGAUGCUGGAAAAAUCGCCACUUACAUUGUAGCGUUCACCUUGGAUGGGCGAAUCCUACUUCCUGAAACUAAGAUUGGGGAUGUAAAGUACGAGGGACUCGAGUUCAUUUAGUGAGGGAUCAUUCAUAUAUUGCGAAUGCCAAGGACUGAGAAAUACUGUCUACUAGAUACGAUGUACAUGUUCAUGUCGUGGGCAUUAAGUGUCUGUAUGUGAAAAGAAUUGAAAGCCAUAUAAUGAUUUGAAUCUGAAACGUUGCCAGCUAGCAACUGGCAGCCUUUGUCUAGACACUUGUCCUGGUUAGUUACUGGUUAGUCCUGGUUAGAGUCUGAGGCAUUUAACUCUUGCUUCAUAUUUAUUUACUUAAUAUUCUCAUUACAGUCCUCAUCAAAAUCAGAUUUUUAUUUUAGUUUUAUAUGGCCAGGGGUGUCAGACUGGGGCCCUUGAAAAGUCUGGAAUAUAUUAUGGGGGUGGGGCAUGGGGGCCCAUCAGGACUACCUAUGAAUAGGGCCCGAGAUCUUGUGCAAUGCCCCUUUACAUGCCAGUACUGUAUUUGCCGUGUCAUGAAUGUAAUGAAAUGAAGUGAUAGACCAUAGAAUGCAAGAUCAAAUGAUUUUAAUUCAAAUACACAUCAUUGAGGUUUGCCAUGUGGUUUGUUGAAUGUCAUAUAUUUAGUUGUGUGUGUGUGUGUGUGUUAUCCACUUUCCUGAUCAAUUGGUAAUAAACUAAACAGAUCAGAUACAUUUAAAAUCAAUCAAAUGUAAUGUAUAAGCAGUUAAACUCUUGCAAAAUGUUAAAUGUUAGUUUUCCCUGAAGCCUCAUCGCUGGGUUUAUAGUUUUUUAUUUUCUCUGAGAAAUAUCAGGUAUUCUGUUAUUUUGUUCUUUUAAUCAUGUUUAAAAUUAUGUUUUAUCUUAUAAACUGUUUAAAUGGUUUUAGGGAUUUUGUAAAAAAAAAAGAAAAGAAAAAAUCACAAUAAAGUUAAACUGAGAGGAAGUGUUAACAGCUGAUAGUUAUAUUUAUUCUUGCUCUGCUCAAAUAAAAAUCUAUAAAAUAAUUUACCACAGAUCACUUUGAAGCACACUUUUGGGUAAUACUUAUACAGUUACAUUUGUAUUUAUUGUGCUGCCUCAAUAGGUAUGUUUACAUGCAAAAAAAGCCUUAAUGUAAACCGCCUUAAUCAAUAUGAUUGGGGUCGAUCGGAUGCAAAUUUCGAUCACAUUCAAAUGAGUGGUGUAGGCUACUCUGAUCUGUGAUCCGAUCAUCGGGUAAAAA